AGUUCGCGCGCAGGGCCACGGGCGAUUGGGACUGCCAACGCAGUAGAACGACAGACAGACGCGAGACAACGAAACAAAAUAAAUAGAAAAUAAAAGUUGUAACAUUGAGUAGUUAUCAUUUACGUGACGGGGGGGUAAGUGCUCUUUCGGGCACCGAAGUGGUGAGGAUUAAGUGUCAAAUAUUUAUUUAUUUAUUUAUUUUUUCAAAUAAAUUUCUACGAAGUUCAUCGAAAUUUUUCAAGCAAUUCUGCUGGAUUCAUUAACACUCGUUGCUGGCCACUUUUUAAAGCUAAGCGGAUUGUCAACGUUUUUGGGUGAGAGAGAAGGAGAGAGCUCUCUUACCAACGACGACUAUUUGCUGAGCUUCCUAUAAGGCUGUGCGCGGACGAACGAACGCCCAGAGUUUAACGCAACUCUAUAUCGUCAAGAGACACUGCUGUGUCACACGAUAGACAGACAAUCGUGAGCGCUGAUAGCGCUCAAUCUGAAUGUCACCACGAAAAUUGAAUCAUUGAAGGCGGACAGACCGGUGGAUUGAAGAAUUAUCCCUUCGAUAGUGCGUAAUAAAUAUUAAUUGGGGCAUCAUAAGAGAGUUUAGAGGAGGGCACCCCGUUGAAAAUGGGGGUCGCCGAUGAUUUCGCACCGAGCUUCACUCAGAAGCCUCAGCUGAGGCAGGAGGACGAUGGAAAUCGCUUGAUAUUCGAAUGUCAACUUGUUAGUUCACCAAAGCCCGAAAUCACUUGGUCAAGGGGUGAAACACAACUCAGCGAGGAUGACAGAACAAAUUUUAAAAUACAGAGCAUUGGGGCUAAUAAAUUCCUCGUUGUACUUGAGCUCGAUGACGUCAUUGAGACUGAUGCUGGAUUGUACAAGGUCAAGGCCAAGAACACGAUGGGCGAGGUGGCGGCGUCUAUCAACCUGAACUUCAGUCCCAUGGACGAGCCUAGAGAAAAACAAAUCGAUGGUAUCGCGCCAACAUUUGCGAAAAAACCCGCCAUCAGACAAGAGGACGAUGGCAAGAGGCUGGUCUUCGAGUGCCGCAUCACUGCCGAUCCGACACCCAAAGUAUCGUGGUUUCAUGAUGGGAAUCUUGUCAAGAAUUCGCCGAGGCACAAGCUGGCCAUUGAUAAAGAUGGUCACUCGUACUUUGCCAGUCUCGAGAUUAAAAAUGUGACCGUUGAGGAUGCUGGAAAAUACAAGGUCAACGCAACGAACGAGCUCGGCGAGUCCAACGCAACAAUUUCCCUGAAUUUCGAUAGCGACGAAGCGCCCGUACCCGAUGACGGCAUCAAGCCGACAUUCACCGAACGACCCGUCAUUAGACAGUCCGAUGAUGGCAACACUAUAACAUUCGAGUGUCGAUUAGUCGGAGAUCCAAAACCUAGUGUUAAGUGGUAUCAUGGAACCAACGAACUGAAGGAGAGUGGAAGGUUCAAGAUAUCCCUUGAGAUUGACCAGAAACUGUACUAUCUCGCUAGACUGCAGAUUAGCAAUGUCGCUAAAGCUGAUGGGGGUGAAUACCGAGCUGUUGCCAAGAACAAAAAUGGACAGGGGACAGCAACAAUUAAUCUCAAUUUUGAAGGCGGAGAUAAACCGAAAAUUCCGGACGGCAAGGCUCCACGUUUUCCAAAAAAGCCGACAAUCCGUCAAGAGGGUGAUUUGCUCAUAAUGGAGUGCAUUCUUGAGGCCCACCCAGUCCCCGAUAUAACCUGGUACCAAGGGACAUCACCAAUCAACGGUAGUUCACGGAUUAAGAUGUCAAGGAAAGCAACUGGCAAGGACACUUAUUUACUCACCCUUGAAAUCACAAAUCCUACAAAGGCAGACGGUGGAAACUACCGUUGCAAUGCGUUUAACAAUUACGGAGAGAGUAAUGCAAACAUCUCACUCAAUUUCCAAGAAGACGCGGCUGGUUUCGCACCGACAUUCAUCGAGAAGCCGCGCAUCAUUCCGAACGAGAGUGGUACACUGAUCACCAUGAAGUGCAAGUGCAAAGCCAAACCCAAGCCUGAAGUAACAUGGUUCCGCGGUUCAAAUGUCGUCAAGGAAACCGCAAAGAUAACGAUUAGCGAAAAAUCGCUGGAAGAGGAUGUUUAUGAAUUGACUAUGGAGAUAAAAGAACCCUCUGGUCCAGAUGGUGGUACAUACAGGUGUCACGUGGAGAACGAAUUCGGCCAAAGUAAUGCUAAUCUCAAUCUCAACAUCGAGGCGGAACCUGAGCAGGAGGGUGAUGGUCCCACAUUCGUGGAGAAGCCGAGGAUCCAGUCGUCGGACGGUGGAAAAGUCGUCAUUAUGGACUGCAAGGUCAGCGCCAAACCCAAACCAGACAUUGUUUGGACUCAUGCUGGAAAGAUCAUCAAGGAAUCGUCAAAAAUUUCGAUGACUGUGGUGGAAGAAAAAGAGGGUAUCUACUACAUAAAACUGAUACUCAACGAUCCCGGCGCCGAGGACUCUGGCCUCUACAAGUGCAAUAUCAAGAACAACCUGGGUGAACUCAAUGCCAAUCUCACUCUAAAUGUUGAAAUCAUCCCAGUGAUCAAGGAGAAGCCCAAGGUCGUCAAGAUAAUAAAGAAGAAGACAGUGAUUGUAGAAUGCACAGUUCUUUCCAAAUUCGCCCCUGACUGCACAUGGUUCAAGGAAGCACAUGCAGUACAAGUUGAUGACAGGCACAAACUUCAUGUCGAGAAGAUCAAGGAGGGUGAGUUUGCUGUCAAGCUCGAAAUCGAGCAAGUGUCGACUGCUGACAAGGGUAAAUACAAACUUGUGGCGAGAAAUGAGAAGGGCGAAGCUACCUCACAAGUCGUCGAGGUUGCUGAACUACCGGAGGAAGUUGAGAAACCAAAGAUUGGGUCAGGAUUGAGAACUGUGACUGUUGAACACGGAGAGACAGUUGAGCUGAGUGCUUGUCUCACGAAGCAGGAUAAGAAGAACAAAUGCACUGUUGAGUGGUACAAAGAUUCGAAGAUCGUCACAACAACGAAGAACAUCAGCAUUUCAUUCAAUGGAAUUGAGAUGAAACUCAUUAUAACUUCAUCGACCGAAGAGUUCAGUGGUACCUAUAAAGUAGUUGUGAGGAACGAAGCUGGACAGGAUGAGUCGAGUGCCAAAGUCACUGUCAAGAAACGCGAGGAAAAGAAGGAGGAAGAGGAGGAGGAGGAGAAGAAGAAGAAAAAGAUUGUGAAAAAGAAGAAGGAAGAGGAGGAAAUAAUUGAGGAAGAGAAGAAGGUGGAGGAAGAGAAGAAGAUCGAAGAGAAGAAGAAAGAGGAGAAGAAGAAGAUGGACGAGAAGAUCGAGGAGGUGAAGACAAUUGAGGAGAAGAAAAAAGAGGAGAAGAAGAAAGUUGAAGAGAAAAUUGAAGAGGUGAAGAAGAUCGAGGAGAAGAAAAAGGAGGAGAAGAAGAAAAUCGAGGAAGUGGCCAAGGUCGAGGAGAAGAAGAAAGACGUGAAGAAGAAAGUUGACGAAAAAAUCGAGGAUGUCAAGAAGAUCGAGGAAAAGGAGCAUUCAAUAUCAAAUUCGAUAAAUGAUGCUGGUGAUGAUAGCGAGGUAACUGAUCAUGAUGCUGAAGAUCUGGUGAGUGCCAUCGAGACCAGUAUUGCUGAACCUAUCAUCGAUGAACCAGAGUCUGACAUUUUUGAAUCCAUUUCAAACGUUGAGGAAAAUGGAGAUGCUAAACCAAAUGGUCUCGCGAAACCCGAAAAGAAAAAGGAAGUCUCGAAGAAGGAUGAAGAAAUCGUCAACAAUGUUGAAGUCGUCGAAGAGAGGAAAUCUAUUAAGAAAAAAACUGAACCCAAACCAGAGGAUAAGAAGGAGCCGGAAAAGAAGAAGACUCUUAAGAAGAAGGAGCCAGACUCCAAGGAUGUAUCACGUGAGACAACUCCGAAACCUGAAAAAAUAACUUCUCGCAAAUCCUCGAUCAGUCGAGUCGAGGAAUUGAAGACGGAGAGCCGACGUAGCUCGCUCAUCUCCACAACGGAGGAAACGAUUUCCGAAGACGGUUCGCUCCCCUCCAGUAGACGAGUGUCUUUGACGCAGGUUGACGAGGAAAAAUCCGAGAGCCGUCGAUCCUCAAUCGCGAAGAGAAAGGAGUCAGUCUCAUCAGAAAAGAAAGCGGAAACGUCGUUGAAAGCCAAACCAAAAGAGAAUAUCCCAGACACUAAGGAGAAGCCUGAAAAAUUAUCGGUGGAUGAACCCAAUAUUGCGAAGAAACGUCCGUCCAUUUCAAAGAAGAAAACACCAGAAGAAGAUGGAAAGGCUCAGCCUGAUCUCGUUGAAGAGAAGCCAAAGAAACCUGAGGAGGGAGUCAAAGCACAACCCAAAACUACUCUUGAAAAACCAGACGAAUCUAAGGACGAUACCAAACGCAGGGCUAGUCUCAAAAAGCCGGAAGCACCGAAGGAAGAGCCUAAAUCCAAAAGCGCCCCUAGUAAACACGAAGAGGUACACACAAAAUCAACAAUUAAUUCUUCCAAACAUGAUGAAUCCGUUCGCAGACCGAGUCUUAAAAAACCAGACCAGCCUAAGGAAGACUCUAAACUCCAAACUCCCCUUGCUAAACCCGAAGCCACUAAGGAUGAAUCUACACCCAGAUCUAGUCUCAAAAAACCACAACAGCCGAAGGAAGAGCCUAAACCUCAAACUACUCUUACUAAACCAGAAGACACUAAGGAGGAACCUACACGAAGAAGUCUCAAAAAACCAGAGCAACCGAAGGAAGAGUCUAAGACUCCGACUACCCUGACGAAACCCGAAGAUACUAAGGACGACACUGCUCGCAGACCGAGUAUCAAAAAGCCCGAACCCAAGGACGCGGCCAAGCCCGAAACGACUCUUGGAAAGCCCCAGGAGCUCAAGAAGGAUGGACUUACCCCCAAACCCAAAAGUACUCUUGGCCAACCGCAACCACUUCAGAAGGAGGAAGCGAUCCUGCGCAAGACCAGCCUAAAGCCUGUGCAGAAGCCGGAAGAGAAGAACCUCGACGUGAAACUCAAGAAAACGGAGAGAGGGGAGAAGCAGGACGUGAAAAAAGUCAAGGGAUCCAAGGCGGACAAGGAGAAGAGCUACGAGCUACCGGAGAUUCCGGAUUAUGAACGUCCGGUUCUGGAGAAACCUCAGGAAUUCGAGUUCAGCGCUUAUGAGGGCCGCGACAAAACGAAACUCGAUCGUCCAACGACGCAGAAGUUCGAGUCGGGGCCGAAAGUUCCAUCGAUCAAAACACCGGAGAUCAAAGCUCCCGAGGCACCGAUUAUCGAAGUCUCCAAGGAAAAAUCACCGACUCCAUCGCCACUUGGUAGUAGAAGACCAUCUCUUGUGCCCAGUGGUGCUGGAAGCCGAAGAGGAUCACUCAUUCCGCCAGAGGAAUUGGGUCGCAGGGCGAGUCUUAUCAUCAGUGACGAGGACAAUAGGAAACUUCGUCCUGGCGAGGUGAUAGAAGAGAAGAAGAUCAGGCACGGUCGCCCUGGUGAGGUGCAAACCGGAAGACAGCGACGUCGUCCCAGUGCGGACCUCAGGAGACCAAGCGUGGCGGACCUCGAGAAUAGAAUCAACCAGCCUAGUACCCCCCUCCGAGAUGUGGGAUCCGGUGGGCCACCCUCCAUCGUCGAUGUGCAGGAGUCAUAUCCCGUUGUUGAAGAUGCCACGGGUUACGUCACCGUUCAGGUGGAAGGUAACCCAGCACCAACUUUCAAAUGGUACAAGGGCAUGACAGAGAUCCACGAGGGUGGUCGUUUCAAAUUUCUCACCGAUUCUGAGACCAAUACGAUCACCCUGUGCAUGAGAAAAGUCAAGCCGAAUGAUGAGGGACAGUACAAGAUUGUCGUCAGUAACAUUCAUGGAGAGGACUCGGCGGAAAUGGCUGUCUACGUAUCCGAUGCCAGUGGUAUGGACUUCCGUUCGAUGCUGAAAAAACGAAAAUACGCGAAAUGGGGAAGAGACCAAUCUGAAUUGGAGAAGCCUGACCUCAAGGAAGUCGAAAAGCCAUCGGUCGCCCUGAAGAAAGUUGAGAGGACUAGUGGAAAUAGUGGAUCACGUAGGCCAUCGCUGGCUGAAUUAAUACCGGACUGGCCGGUCCUUCACCACUUCGUCAAGACGGAGAAGCAAGACUCCUUCCUCAAGCCCCUGGUGGAUCAGUACGCCAAGGAAGGAAAGGACAAGAAGGUCAGCUUCGACGCCAACUUCUCCAAACCGAAUGCCAAGCCCAAGUGGUUCUUCCGCAAGGAUGAAUUAUUCCCAUCGGCAAAAUACAAGUUUAAGAACGAAGAAGAUUCAUACCAACUCAUCAUUUCAACCCCCAAAGUCGAAGAUACUGGAAAGUAUACCAUUGAUAUCGGUGGUAUUACGAGCACUGCUUUCCUGAAUGUCGAUGAACCCGAUCCAUCCUACAGUUUCAUCAAACCCCUCUCCAAACAAUCAGCGGGUUACACCAGGCACGAGGUGUUCUUGGAAUGUACCCUCAGCUCGAACAUGGCAACAGUCACCUGGUACAAGGGAAAAACAAAACUCGAAGAUGGCGAGGUGUACAGCAUCUCCAAGGACAUGUCCGGUGUUUGCAGAUUGACAAUAAAGAAAGGAAAACUGGAGGACAGUGGGGAAUAUACUUGUAAAAUCAACAAGCAAACGGAGAAAACCGAAACCGUUCUCACAGUCGAGGAUUACCCCUACAAAUUCGUCAAGGUUCUCAAGCACCAGACAACCACGGAGAAGGAGACCAUCACAUUGCUCUGCGAAUUGGACGACGAAGCCGGUGAUGUUGAGUGGUUCAAGGGUGAUCAGAAGAUCACAGCUGAUAAACGCGUUCAGAUAAAGGAAGAUGGACGCAAACGAAAGCUCGUCAUCAAGGAUUGCAAAGUCACAGAUGCCGGCUUAUACUCCUGCGUUAGUAAUGCUGACAAGACCGAAGCAGAGAUAAUCGUCAACUACCUGAAUCGUUUCAACAAAAAAUUGAAAGACACAACAGCUAUCGAGCGCGAGAAGCUGGUGCUUGACGUUGAGCUACAGGACCAGACAGCACCAGCUGAAUGGUUCUUCAAUGGCAAGCCCAUCGAGCCAAGCGACAGAAUUGAAAUAAAGAAUCUGGGAGGUGGUAAGCAUCAGCUUGUCUUCAACAAAGCAGAGAUGAUUGACGACGGAGAGAUAACAUGCAAGAGUGGAGAGUUGAGCAGUAGCUGUCAAUUGACAGUGAAGAAAGGUGAGAGCAAACCCAUCGCCGAUAUACCAGACAAGGUUGAGGGCCCCUGCGCCUCACCCAUAGUCUUCACCAUUCCUUACAAGAUCGAAGGCACCAAGCAGACCCCAGUGGAGGCUAAACUGAUGAGAGACGGCAAGGCGUUGCCCCUCAAGGACGUCGAAAUCGUCGUCGGAGAGGACAAGAUCACAUUCAAAAUUAAGAAGCCCCAACGUGAUCAAUCUGGUAUCUACCAAGUGAGGAUUGGAAAUGGCCAGGGUGAGGAAGUCAAGGACGUGAAUGUCAUCAUGCAGGACGCCCCAUCGCCUCCACGAGACGUCGACGUAACGGAAGUCUUCGCGACUUCCUGCGUUGUGUCGUUUAAGCCAUCGGAGGACGAUGGCGGCUCGCCAAUAACGAAAUACGUCAUUGAACGUUUGGAUAUGAGCUUGAAGAACCAGUGGGACAGUGUCGGUGAGGUACUACCGAGUGAGAAGUGCACGUUCAAGGUUGAAGACCUCAAGACCAAGAAGGAAUACAAAUUCCGCAUUCGCGCAGUCAACAAAAUAGCCUCGAGUGAGCCAGCUACAUUUGGCAAACCCAUCCUUGCUAAGGACCCCUGGGACGAACCGGGCAAGCCUGGUAAUGUUGAAGUGGUUGACUGGGACGUUGAUCACGCCGACCUGACAUGGAGCAAACCAGAGAGUGACGGAGGCGCACCAAUCACUGGUUAUGUCAUCGAGUACAAGGAGAAAUUUGGAAAGGAGUGGGUGAAGGGGAAGGAGAUCGAUGGCGAUGUCACCAAGGGAACCAUCGAUGGCCUGAAGGAGGGUGGACAGUACGAGUUCAGAAUUCGUGCUGUCAACAAAGCCGGCCCUGGCACACCGUCAGACCCCACCAAACCCAUAAUAGCUAAAUGCAGAUUUGUGAAACCGUUCAUCAUCGGCGAUAAGUUGACAAAUCUCGUCGUCAAGAAAGGACAAGUCAUCAAGUAUGAUAUCAAAUACGGUGGUGAACCAGAGCCGGAGGUCAAGUGGUUCCUGGGGAGCAAGGAACUCGUACAGGACGCGGCUGAGAGAAUCACAAUUGACAAGUACGAAAGGAAUACUGUACUGACAGUUCGAAAAACUGUUCGCGCUGACUCUGGAAAAUACAAGUUGGUGCUCAGCAAUGGCUCUGGGGAAUGCGAGAGUGCGGCUGAUGUCGUUGUGCUUGACAAACCAACACCACCGAAAGGACCACUUGUCACAGAAGAAGUUCGGUCUGAUCAUAUCACUGUCAAAUGGAAGAAACCCGUGGAUGAUGGUGGCACUGACAUCACCGGAUACUCACUGGAGAAAAUGGAUAUGGACACUGGCAGGUGGAUUCCUGCUGGUGAAGUUGGUCCUGACAAGGACACCUUCACGUUCCCUGGUCUCACGCCGAAUAAGAAGUAUAAGUUUAGGGUGAAGGCGAUGAACAAGGAGGGAGAGUCCGAACCCCUCGUUACAGAUGAGGCAAUUGUUGCCAAGAAUCCGUACGACGAGCCAGACAAGCCUGGUAAACCUGAAAUAUUUGAUUAUGACAAUAUGAGUGUCUCCCUGCGCUGGGCGAAACCCGAGAAAGACGGUGGACGUCCCAUCACUCAUUAUGUCGUUGAGAUGAAGGACAAGUUCUCACCGGAUUGGGUUGAAGUCCUGAAGACACCGGAUGCUACUGCUGAAGCUAAGGUUGAGGGGCUCAAGGAGAAGAUGGUCUAUCAGUUCAGAGUGAGGGCGGCAAAUAAGGCUGGUCUCUCUCAGCCCAGCGAGCCCACUGACAACCACAUCUGCAAGCACAGAAACUUGAAGCCCAGAAUUGACAGGACCAAUUUGAAGUCAGUUGUCAUCAAGGCUGGACGCAAUCACAAGUGGUCUGUCGAUGUUAUCGGCGAACCACCACCAGUUAUCAACUGGAUCUGGCGGGACAAUAUUCCACUGACAUCCACGGAAAGGAUUAAGGUCGAGAAUGUCGAUUAUCAUACUGACUUCAGCAUCAUCAAUGCUGUGAGAAAAGACACUGGAAAGUACACAAUUACAGCUGAGAACGUCAAUGGAAGGGAUGAGGAGAGUGUCGAGCUUACUGUCCUUGGGAAGCCGGAUGCACCUGGUGGACCACUUGUCGUGUCAGAUGUUACGAAUAAGUCCGCCAAAGUCAAGUGGCAGAAACCAGAGGACGAUGGGGGUGUUCCUAUCAAGGAAUACGAGAUCGAAAGAAUGGACACGAAGACAGGUAAAUGGGUCAGAUGUGGAAAAGUACCAGGAAACUCACCGAACACCGAGUUCGAGAUCACCGGGUUAAAUCCAGGCAGUGAAUAUCUCUUCCGAGUGACAGCUGUCAAUGAUGAGGGUGACUCAGAGCCUCUGACAAGUGAGAAACCAAUUCUAGCUAAAAAUCCAUUCGAUGAGCCUAAUGCACCAGGCACUCCGCUUAUCACGGAUUACGACAACGAAUCAGUGAGUAUCAAGUGGACACCACCGGACUUUGAUGGUGGUGCACCAAUCGAGAAAUACAUAAUUGAGAAGAAAGAUAAAUACAAGCCCGAUUGGGAGAAAGCCAUGGAAGUACCUGCGACCGACGAUCUGACGGCGAGAGUGGAUGGCUUGAAAGAUCGUGCUGAAUACCAGUUCAGAGUUAUAGCUGUUAACAAAGCAGGUCAAUCACCACCCUCUGGUGCCUCCAAGAUGCAGAUGGUGAAACACAAGGCAUUGAAACCAAGAAUUGAUCGCACUAAUCUCAAGCCAAUUGUCGUGAGAGCUGGCAAGACUAUCAAGUACGACGUAGACGUUCGUGGUGAACCACCUCCGGAGAUCACGUGGUACCACAAGGAUACUCUAGUAAAAUCAGGUGGAAAUAUCGAGAUCGUGAAUGUCGAUUACAACACCAAGAUCACAAUUUCCGAUGCUGUUCGUAAGAACACUGGUGUCUGGAAGAUCAAGGCUGUAAAUGCUUCUGGAGAGGACGAAGCAGAAGUAGAAGUGACUGUUCUUUCUGCUCCUGGCAAGCCCAAGGGUCCACUCAAGGUGUCGGACGUCACCAAGAACGGAUGCAAACUCAAGUGGGAGAAACCAGAAGACGAUGGUGGCAAGCCAAUCACCGGGUAUCAAGUGGAGAAGCUGGACAAGACAACGGGUAGAUGGGUGCCCGUUGGACGAACGAAUGACACUGAAAUGGAUGUCAAGGGGCUGGCAGACGGCCACGAAUACGAAUUCCGAGUUAAAGCGAUCAAUGAAGAAGGCGAGUCCGAGCCGCUAACGACAGACGGUGGAAUUAUCGCGAAGAAUCCAUUCGACGCUGCUGACAGACCCGGUGUACCAGAGCUGGAGGACUGGGACGUCGAUAGGGUGGAUCUUAAGUGGAAGCCCCCGAAGGGCGACGGUGGUGCACCCAUCACUGGUUACAUCAUCGAAAAGAAGGAGAAGCUUUCGCCCCACUGGGAGGAGGCUGCUGAGACUACUGGGCCUGAGCCCAAGGGCCGCGUCGAGGGUCUCGUAAAGGGUAAAGUCUAUCAAUUCAGGGUGCGAGCUGUCAACAAAGCUGGCCCCUCCGAGCCCAGCGAUCCCACAAAACCACACACUGCCAAAGCGAGAUUCCUCAAACCUCACAUCAAUCGCGACAAGCUACAGCAGGUGAAAGUACGCGCCGGCCAGCAUGUGAAGCUCGAGGUCGACGUGGAAGGUGAGCCCCCUCCAACGAUAACCUGGGCACGUGGUGCCAAGGUCCUCGAGAACACACCGAAUCUCAAGAUCGAGAAUGAGGACUAUCUGACGAAGAUCAAUAUGUCUCACACGACUCGUAAGGAUACGGGAAAAUACACCAUCACAGCUGUCAAUGAUUCGGGACGCGACGAGGCUGAUGUUGAAAUCAUCAUCCUAGAUAAACCUGAUAAACCAGAAGGUCCUUUGGAAGUAGUUGAUGUUCACAAAGAGGGAUGCAAGCUCAAGUGGAAGAAGCCCAAGGACGACGGUGGUUUACCCCUGUCGUCCUACGUUAUCGAGAAGAUGGACGUGACCACGGGAAGAUGGGUGCAGGCUGGUGUUGCUGAUCCUGAGAAGACAGAGCAGGUGAUCACCGGAUUAGAACCAGGACAUAAAUACGAAUUCCGUGUAAAGGCCGUGAAUGAGGAGGGCGAGUCCGAACCGUUGAACACAGAUACUGCGAUUGUCGCGAAGAAUCCUUAUGACCCACCAGCAGCUCCUGGACUACCAGAGAUCAUCGAUUGGACCGAGAACACAGUGACCUUGAAGUGGGAACCACCUCACCGAGAUGGAGGUGCUCCAAUCACUGGGUACGUCUUGGAGAUGAAGGAAAAAUUCGGAACGAAUUUCGUCAAAGCCGCGGAGACAUUCGGCCCCAAGUGCGAAGGAAUAGUUCCCAAGCUGGUGGAGGGAAAUCAAUACCAGUUCCGUGUUCGUGCUGUGAACAAAGCCGGACCCGGUGAGCCGAGUGAGGCGACCAAUCUGCACACUGCUAAAGCUCGCUGGCUGAAGCCUCACAUAGACAGGACGAAUCUCAAUCCGCUGACGGUUAAAGUUGGUCUGACAAUCAGCCUCGACGUGAAUAUCAUCGGUGAGCCACCUCCAGCUGUCUCUUGGUCCUUCAAGGACUCUCCCAUCCAGACAGACGAUGUCUAUCGCAUCGACAACAUUGACUACAACACGAAAUUCUUCGUGUUGAAGGCGAAACGAACUCACACAGGAAAAUACAAAAUUUUUGCGAAGAACGAAGUCGGUGAGGACGAGGCAGAGAUUGAAAUAACUGUUCUUGGUAAGCCAACGAAACCAAAGGGACCACUCGACGUGACCGAUGUGACCAAACACGGUUGCAAACUCAAGUGGAAACGACCAGAGGACGACGGUGGUUCACCAAUCGAGUACUACGAGAUCGAAAAGCUGGAUCCACUCACGGGGAUGUGGAUUCCGUGCGCUAGAGCAACAGAGCCUGAAGCCAACAUCACUGGUCUUCUGGAAGGAAAGCCCUAUAAAUUCCGAGUGAAGGCUGUCAACAAGGAGGGCGACUCCGAGGAGCUUGAGGCUGACAAAUCCAUCAUAGCGAAGAAUCCGUUCAACGAGCCUAGCAAACCUGGUCGCCCUGACAUCAAAGACUGGGAUAAGGACUUUGUUGAUCUGGCCUGGUCACCACCUGAAGACAACGGUGGUGCCAAUAUCGAGAAGUACAUCGUUCAGAUGCGAGACAAGGACGGCAGACAGUGGGUGGAUGCUGCCAUGGUUGUGGGUGACAAGACCCAUGCUAAAGUCACGGAGGGCAUUGAGCCAGGACACGAGUAUGAAUUCCGAGUGGUGGCUGUUAACAAGGCCGGUCCUAGUGAGCCCAGUGACGUGUCCAAGUCCGUGAUAGCCAAGCCCAGAUUCCUUGCACCGAGGAUAGAUCGCAAGAACCUGACGAAGAAGACGUUAAGAGUUGGGCAGAUGCUACGGUUGGAGGCUGACAUCAAGGGAGAACCACCUCCAAAGGUCACGUGGAAGUACAAGGGGGCCAUCCUGAAGACGGUUGAUCGUCUCAAGAUUGAUAAUGAGGAUUAUCACACCCUCUUCAUACUUACCAAGCUGCAGAGAGCGGACACAGGAAGCUAUACAGUAACAGCAGUCAACGACAGUGGAACUGACGAAGUUGAGGUGGAAGUAGUCGUCACCAGUAAGCCCAGUAAGCCGAAGGGCCCACUGGAUGUUGCUGACGUGACGGCAGAUGGCUGCAAACUUAAGUGGAAAGCUCCGGAAGACGAUGGUGGCGAGCCAAUAGAUCACUACGUCGUUGAACGGAUGGACGUCGACACUGGACGAUGGGUGCCAUGCGCCACUACGAAAAACCCUGAGGCCGAUAUAACUGGUCUCAAUGAGGGCAAGGACUACAUGUUCAGGGUGAAGGCUGUGAAUGCAGAGGGCGAUUCCGAGCCACUGGAAACUGACAUACCAAUCACUGCCAAGAAUCCAUUCAAGGAGCCUGAUGCACCUGGCAAACCUGAGUUGAAGGACUGGGACAAGCGUCACGUUGAUCUCAAGUGGACAGCACCGAAACGAGAUGGUGGUGCGCCCAUCGAGAAAUACAUAAUCGAGAAGAAGGAUAUGUAUGGAAAGUGGCAGAAGGCUGCUGAAGUUCCUGGCACCCAAACUCGGGGAACAGUCGAGGAUCUCACUGAGGGACAGAAGUAUCAGUUCAGGAUCAAGGCUGUCAAUAAGGGUGGUGUGAGUCCAGCCAGCGAUGCUAGUGAUAUUCUCACUGCCAAGGAUCGUUACGCUGCACCUAGGAUCGACAGGACUAACCUAAGGGAUCUCACCAUCAAAGCGGGCAAUCACAUACGUCUGGACGUGAAAGUCAGUGGUGAGCCGCCUCCAUCGAAGGUAUGGUGGCACAAUAAAGUCAAACAAGAGGAUGGACAUUUUGUGCAGCUUGAGUUUGAAGACUACAAGACCAAGUUCAUGGUGGGAGCCGCCACAAGGGCACACUGUGGCACACUGACACUCAAAGUGGAAAAUGACUCCGGCAGGGACGAGGCCACCAUCGAGAUUCUUGUGCUUGAUAAACCUGGAAAACCGGAGGGGCCUCUCAAGGUGUCCGAUGUGCACAAAGAGGGAUGCACUCUCAAGUGGAACUCACCGCUUGACGAUGGUGGUGUACCUAUUGAGCAUUAUGUCGUUGAGAAACAGGACACGGAGACGGGCAGGUGGAUACCUGUUGGCAGGACGAAGGAACCGAAUAUGGAGAUUGAUAAUCUUGUUCCUGGGCAGGAGUACAAGUUCCGCGUUGCUGCGGUCAAUGCCGAGGGAGAGUCCGAGCCUUUGGUGACGGAUCAUAGUAUUGUGGCGAAGAAUCCAUUCGAUGAGCCAGGUGCACCAGGCCGCCCAGAGGCAACUGACUGGGAUAAGGACCACGUUGAUCUAAGAUGGACUCCACCGUUAACUGACGGUGGAAAUCCAAUCACCGGUUACGUGAUUGAAAAACGAGAGAAGGGCACACCAAAGUGGGUCAAGGCGUGCGAAACUGUGGGGCCAGAGUGUAAGGGUCGAGCUGAGAAUCUCGACGAAGGAACUGAGUACGAGUUCCGUGUCAGGGCAGUCAAUGCUGCAGGUCCCGGUGAACCGUCUGACGCCAGCAAAUCCAUCAUUGCCAAGUGUCGACGAGUACCACCGAAGAUUGAUCGCCGCAAUCUUCGUGACGUUAACAUUCGCGAAGGCGAGCGUUUCCACUUCGACGUCAAGGUGUCCGGUGAACCAGCGCCAGAUGUUACGUGGUUGAUUAAUGAAAAGAGUGUACACGUGACAACUCAUCGUAAAAUCGUUAAUGAACCCAACAACACGAAAUUCUAUAAUGACAAAGCUGAGCGUAAAGACACCGGUAUCUACAAAAUUACGGCUGUCAAUCAGUACGGCAGUGAUACUGCUGAGGUCGAGGUCGUUGUCGUUUCUAAGCCAUCGAAACCUGAAGGACCCCUGGAUGUCUCUGACAUUCACAAAGAAGGUUGCACCCUAAAAUGGAAGAAACCAAAGGACGAUGGUGGUGAGCCAAUCGAGGCCUACCUGGUAGAGAAAUACGACCCCGAAACAGGCGUUUGGUUGCCAGUUGGCAAGUGCGCAGGUACAGAGAUGAAAGUCGAGGGACUUACCCCAGGUCACGAGUACAAAUUCCGAGUGAAGGCGAUAAACUCAGAGGGCGAAUCCGAGCCCCUGGAAACCUAUGGCUCAAUAAUCGCCAAGGAUCCAUUCACAGUGCCAUCAGCACCUGGUGCUCCUGAGCCCACUGACUGGUCAGCCAACACCGUUGAUCUCAAGUGGAGGGAGCCAUUCACAAAUGGAGGAUCACCAAUCACUGGUUACAUCAUUGAGAAGAAGGACAAGUACAGCACAAUGUGGGAGAAGGCCCUAGAGACGACCGUACCGCAGCCAGAGGCCCACAUAACGGGCCUCAUCGAGGGCAAUGAGUACCAAUUCCGUAUUAUUGCUGUCAACAAAGCAGGACAGUCUGAGCCUGGAGAUGUCAGCAAGACAUUCCUGGCAAAACCACGAUACCUAGCUCCCAAGAUUGACCGAAGACACCUAAGGGAUGUUACCCUCUCUGCUGGAUCGACCCUCAAAUUCGAUGCAGCAAUCACUGGUGAACCACCACCACACGUUGACUGGCGUUGUGGAUCUGUUCCCAUAGUGGCAGGAAAGACAACCAUCCUGGAGAACCCACCGUACAGCACCAAAUUGAUUAUUCGUCCGGUGACGCGGGGUAACAGUGGUGAAUACGUGGUGACAGCCACCAAUACAUCAGGCAAAGAUCAAGUAACAAUUCAAGUAAUUGUCACUGACAAGCCCACGGCACCCGAAGGACCCCUUCAGAUCUCAGAUGUCCACAAGGAGGGCUGCAAACUCAAAUGGAAGAGACCUUUGGAUGACGGUGGCACUCCUAUCGAAUACUACCAAGUGGAGAAGAUGGAUCCCGAGACUGGCUGCUGGGUACCCUGUGGGCGCUCUACAGAGCCUAACAUCGAUGUGACCGGUUUAACCCCAGGUAAAGAGUACAAAUUCCGCGUGGCAGCUGUCAACUCAGAGGGUGAAUCCGAGCCACUCACUGCUGAGGAGACAAUCGUGGCUAAAAAUCCAUUCGACGAACCUGGCAAACCUGGCAAUCUCAAGGCCACUGACUGGGAUAAGGACCAUGUAGAUCUCAAGUGGACACCACCAACCAAUGACGGUGGUUCACCCAUUCUCGGUUACGUGGUCGAGAAGAAGGACAAAUAUGGAGAUUGGGAGAAGGCUGUGGAGGUACCUGCUGAUAUCUGCUUCGCCAAGGUUCCCGAUUUAGUGGAGGGACAGCCCUAUGAAUUUCGCGUGCGCGCUGUCAACGCUGCUGGACCUGGUGAGGCGUCAGAUCCAACACCAACAAUCAUAGCUAAACCUAGAAACAUGGCGCCUAAGAUCGAUCGCACGAAUCUCAUUGAUAUUAAGAUCAAAGCUGGUCAGAACUUUAACUUCGAUGUUAAGGUCACGGGUGAGCCAGCACCAACGACAAGAUGGCAGCUUGCCAGCCGAGAAGUUAGCUCAAGCGAUCGUAUAAAGGUAAAACACGUCGAUUACGCCACUAGUCUGAGUGUGAGAAUGGCAACGAGAGCUGAGUCCGGUCGAUACACAAUUAUUGCUGAAAAUAUCAAUGGAAGUGACACAGCUGAGGUGAAGGUAACGGUACUUGACAAGCCUGGAGCACCUGAGGGACCACUGAGGGCGUCUGAUAUUCACGCUGAAGGAUGCACAUUGACGUGGAACCCACCUGAGGACGAUGGGGGUCAGCCAAUUGAGAACUAUGUCGUCGAGAAGAUGGAUGACGCUACAGGAAGGUGGGUACCAGCUGGGGAAACCCUGGGUCCUGAGACGAGCCUCAAAGUCGGCGAUCUUAUUCCUGGACACAAGUAUAAGUUCCGGGUUCGUGCUGUCAACAAACAGGGCAAAUCCGAUCCUCUGUCCAUGGCGAAGAACAUCGAAGCUAAAAAUCCAUUUGAUCAACCUGGUAAACCCAGCACUCCAACGAUCACUGAUUACGACACUGACUUUGUUGAGCUCGGCUGGAGUCGACCUGUUGAUGACGGUGGAUCACCCAUCACAGGAUACGUCAUCGAGAAACGUGACAAAUUCAAUCCAAAUUGGGAGGAGUGUGCUAAAGUCGAAGGGGAUGUAACACAUGGCAGAGUUCCUGAUCUCAUCGAAGGGACACAAUACGAAUUCAGAGUGAGGGCAGUGAACAAGGGAGGGGCUGGAGAGCCAUCUGACUCGACGAGACCUCACAUUGCUAGACCCAAGAAUCUACCCCCCAAAAUUGAUCGCAAGUACAUGCUGGAUGUCAAAGUUCGUGCCGGUGGAUUCUUCGACUUUGAUGUUCCUGUCAUUGGUGAGCCACCUCCGUCCAAGGAGUGGACUCUGAAGGGCGUUGUUGUGAGCAACGACGACCGUGUGAAAAUCACAAAUACCGAUUACAACACCAAAGUCCGGUUCAUGGAUGCACAUCGUCCUGAUUCUGGUGUUUACACUCUGACGGUGAAGAACAUCAAUGGAAUGGACAGUGCUACACUGAAUGUGAUCGUCAUGGACGUGCCAUCGCCCCCUGAGGGACCUCUCAGGGUGGACGAUGUCACCAAGAACGGUUGCUCUCUCACAUGGAGAGUACCGAGAGAUGACGGUGGCUGUGAGAUUCUUCACUAUACCAUUGAGAAGAUGGACUCUGAAAGCAUGCGAUGGGUGCCAGUUGCUGAGGCUGAUCACUGUGCUUGCAGAGUUGACCAUCUCAUCGAGGGACACUCUUACACAUUCAGGGUUCGUGCUGUUAAUAAAAUGGGAGAAUCCCAACCGUUGACUGGCAUCGACGAGAUCACAGCGAAGGAUCCAUUUGGAAAACCGAACAAGCCUGGACAGCCUGUUGCCACUGAUUGGGACAAAGAUCACGUGGAUCUUGAGUGGACACCUCCGAAGAACGAUGGAGGUGCUCCCAUCACUGGAUAUAUCAUUGAAAAACGACCGCGAUUCGGACAGUGGGAGAAGGCUGCUGAGGUACCAGGAACAGCUUGCAGAGGAACUACUCCAGAUUUGACUGAGGGACAAGAGUACGAAUUCCGAGUGAUUGCUGUGAACAAAGCCGGCCCCGGAGAGCCAUCGGAGGCGUCAGCACCGGUCAUCGCUAAACCUCGCUUCCAAGCGCCAAUAUUCGACCGACAUCUCCUCAGAGACAUGACUGUUCGUGCUGGUCAGAAGAUCCUCUACGAUAUUCCAAUUCAGGCAUCACCGAAACCAACUGCCUACUGGAGUAUCAAUGACGUACCUGUUGAGCAGGAUCUUCGUCACGACAUUUUCACCACCACCACCAAUACCACCUUCGAAAUUCCAUUCGCCCAGAGGUCAGACGCUGGGCGUUACAAGUUGACUCUUAUCAAUGAUCAUGGAAAAAUAUCCGCUGGUGCCACUGUGACUGUCAUUGAUCGACCAUCUCCACCAGAGAGGCCACUUGUUGUCAGCAAUGUUUCCAAAGAUAUGUGCCAUCUGUCCUGGGGAGUACCACUCGACGACGGUGGCAGCCCCAUUCUCCAUUACAUCAUCGAGAAAAUGGAUGUGUCCAGGGGCACGUGGUCUGAUGCUGGAAUGGCUAUGACCCUCAGUCACGAGGUGUACCGACUAACUCAUCGCAAGGAGUAUCAUUUCAGGGUAAAGGCUGUCAACAAUGUGGGUGAAUCAGAUCCACUGGAGACCACCAAGAGCAUAAUCGCUAGAAAUGAAUUCGACGAACCAAGCGCGCCUGGAAAACCCAAGAUCACAGAUUGGGACAAGGAUCAUGUGGACCUCACCUGGCCUCCACCAGAGAACGAUGGUGGCUCUCCAAUUACUGGCUACAUCGUCCAGAAGAAGGAGAAGGGAAGUCCUUACUGGAUAAAUGCCUGUCACGUGCCUUCUGGCAAGACCAGUGCCACCGCACCCGAUCUGACCGAAGGACAAGAGUAUGAGUUCAGGGUCAUUGCUGUCAAUGAUGCUGGACAAUCAGAACCAUCAGAGCCAAGCGAUGCCAUCAUUGCAAAGGCCAGGUUCCUCGCUCCGAAGAUAAAAACACCUCUGGAAGAUAUUCGUAUCAAGGCCGGUCUAGUAUUCCAUGUGGACAUUGAUUUCGUUGGUGAGCCGACGCCUGUGGUCACCUGGACUGUUGCUGGUAAGGAACUCAUAACGACCGAGAGAACAACAAUCACAUCAAUUGGAUAUCACACGAUUGUGCACACUGUCAAUGCCAAGCGAUCUGAUUCAGGUCGUUAUAAUCUCCACUUGAAGAACGACAGUGGUACCGACGAAGGUAGUUUCAAUGUGAUUGUCUUGGACAGGCCAGGGCCACCGGAGGCGCCAUUGGAAUACGAAGAAAUUACCAGUCAAUCGGUGACCCUCUCCUGGAAACCACCGAAAGACAAUGGAGGCAGUGAAAUCACUGGAUACGUAAUCGAGAAACGUGAUUUGACUCAUGGUGGUGGCUGGGUUCCAGCGGUCAACUAUGUCAAUCCAAAACAGACAUACGCCAAUGUGCCACGUCUUCUGGAAGGCACAAAGUACGAAUUCAGGGUGUCUGCUGAGAAUCUCCAGGGACGAUCAGAACCGUUGAAGACCGAUCGUGCAGUUGUAGCGAAGAACCAAUUCGGCGUGCCCGGACAACCCGGCAAGCCCGAAUGCGUUGACGCCGACAAGGAUCACAUUACCAUCAAGUGGACGGCGCCAAUCAGCAACGGAGGAUCACCCAUCCUCGGCUACGACAUAGAACGCCGUGAUCGUGCCACCGGACGAUGGAUAAGGCUCAACAAAGAGCCACAAAAGGAGAAGGAAUACCUCGAUGAACAUGUGGCUGAUGGUCACCAGUACGAGUACCGUGUCACAGCCAUUAACGCUGCUGGUCCUGGAAAAGCCAGUGACGCAUCAAACGUUAUCACAGCCAGACCGAUGAAGGAGAAACCGAAACUUCAUCUCGAUGCACUCCUCGGUCGCAAGAUCAGGGUGCGUGCGGGCGAGCCCAUUCACAUCGACAUUCCCAUCUCUGGUGCUCCCACGCCAACAGUCUCGUGGCUUAAGGACGGUGGUCGUCUUCCAGACGUGUAUCGCAUGACUACGGAAACGAAGAGCGAUCACACCGUCCUGUUGGUGGAGAAAUCAAUUCGUGAAGACGCAGGGUUCUACACUGUCAGAGCCACCAAUGAAUACGGAGAGGACUCUGCUGAUAUCCAAGUGAUCGUUGUGGAUAAACCCUCACCACCAAAGGGACCACUCCUCUACUCUGGCACGAACCACGAGUCAGUGUCGUUAUCCUGGAGUCCACCCGACGACACCGGUGGUGCAGCCAUUACCAAUUAUAUCGUUGAGAUGUGCGAUUUUGGAAUGGACAACUGGAGGCAGGUUCCAGGAUACUGCCCAACCUGCAACUUCACAGCCAGAGGUCUUCAAGAAGGCAGAAGAUACAUCUUCAGGGUGCGUGCUGAGAAUCUCUACGGAGUGUCAGAGCCCCUGGACGGUAAGCCAGUGGUUGCCAAGAGUCCCUUCGAUCCUCCUGGUGCACCUAAUCAGCCCGAAAUUCUCGGUUACACUCCCAACACCUGCACCCUCGCCUGGAAUCCUCCAGACAACACUGGUGGCAAACCGAUCACCGGGUACUACGUAGAGAAGCGUGAGAGAGGUGGAGAAUGGCUGAAGGCCAACAAUUACCCAACACCAAAUACGACUUUCUCAGUUCAGGAUCUCCACGAUGGUAGUCGCUACGAAUUCCGUGUGAUAGCUGUCAAUGAGGCCGGACCAGGUGAUCCCAGCAGGGCGACUGAGCCAAUUACCGCAGGACACCAGAGGCUGCGCCCCGACGCACCAGAGCCGCCCAAGGCGGAUCGCAUCACGAAGGACUCCGUGACUCUCUCGUGGCGUCCACCGCGCAACGACGGUGGUGCCAAGAUUCGUGGAUAUCACAUUCAAUCCAAGAGGAAAGACGAGAGCGACUGGAACGAUGUCAAUGGAGCCAUCAUCACUGGAAAUGUUUAUACCGUUCCCAAGCUCAGAGAAGGUGAUGAGUACCAAUUCCGAGUCAUUGCUGUCAAUGAUGUGGGCAAGAGUGAUCCCAGCCGUGCUAGCAACCCCAUCGUCAUCGAAGAGCAGCCGAACAAACCAAUUCUGGAUCUCAGUGGACUCAGGGACAUCACCGUGCGUGCUGGUGAAGACUUCUCUAUCCACGUGCCCUACAUUGGCUUCCCCAGGCCAGCGGCCACGUGGUUUGCCAAUGACGUUGUGUUUGAUGAGACCGACAAGCGAGUUCAUCAACAGCAGGGAGAUGACUUCGUCAGUCUGGUGGUCAAGAACUCCAGACGCAAGGAUGGAGGACAAUAUCGACUGCAGCUGCGCAAUCAAGCUGGCUUCGACACUGCCACAGUCAAUGUCAGGGUUCUCGAUCGUCCUGGUGCACCACAAAACCUGCGCGCCGAUGAGUUCGCUGGUGAUGCACUGACCCUGUAUUGGAAUCCACCCAAGGACAACGGUGGUGCUGACAUCACGAACUACGUGAUUGAGAAACGCGAGGGAAGGCUCGCAUCAUGGGUGAAGAUCAGUGGCUACGUAACAACGCCCUUUGUUCGUGUGCGCAAUCUUAACGUCGGACAGGAGUACGACUUCCGGGUGAUGGCGGAGAACCAGUAUGGCACAUCUGAUCCUGCCGAGACGAGGGAGCCCAUCAGAGCGAGGUAUCCCUUCGACGUGCCGACAGCACCAGGCGCUCCACGAGGUAUUGAAACCAGUGAGGACAGCAUAACUGUCUCCUGGACAAAACCACGUAGUGAUGGUGGUUCACCAAUCACCGGCUACAUCCUCGAGAGGCGUGGCAUCAGCGAGGAGAAAUGGAUCAAGGCAACUCCAAUUCACAUUCAGGACACGAGCUACAAGGUCUCAGGACUCAUUGCUAAUCAUGAUUAUGAAUUCAGAGUUGCCGCUGUGAAUGCAGCUGGCCAGGGACCAUUCAGUGCGAGCUCAGACGCCAUUCGCGCUUGUGCACCGACCUUCGCACCCAAGAUUACAAGUGAUCUCAGCAUUCGGGACAUGACUGUCAUCGCUGGUGAGCCCUUCACCAUCACAGUACCCUUCAUUGCCAAUCCAAAACCAAGGCCCAACUGGUCCAUCAACGGAGAGGAGGUGUACACAGACACCAGAAUCAGAUUUGAAACUUCUGAUGUUUCCUCCAAGUUCAUCAACUCUAAGGCCAAACGCAGUGACACCGGAAAUUACACGAUUAACCUUGUCAAUACUGUGGGCUCUGACACAGCCUCCUGCAGGGUGUUGGUGGUUGACAAGCCCUCACAUCCUCUAGGACCUCUGGACGUAUCGGACAUCACUCCAGAGACGUGCACCCUUGCCUGGAAGCCACCGUUCGACGAUGGCGGCUCACCAGUCACCAAUUACAUCGUUGAGAAGCUCGAUCCUGGUGGCUACUGGGUCAAGCUUUGCAGCUUCGUUCACAAUACUCAUUACAAUGUGAUCGGGCUCGAGCCAAAUAAAAAGUACAACUUCAGAGUGCGUGCGGAGAACCAGUACGGUGUAUCAGAGCCACUUACCGGUGAGGAGCCAAUAAUGGCCAAAUUCCCCUUCAAUGUCCCGGAGCCACCGUCACAGCCUCGUGUCAUCGACUGGGAUUCAGACAGCAUCACAAUUCAGUGGGAGAAACCUGUCUCAGAUGGUGGAUCCCGUAUUCAGGGAUACAAGGUCGAGUGGCGUGAUCCCUCUGACGCACACUGGAAAGUCGCUAAUGACUACCUUGUGAAGGACACCCACUACGUGUGCUACGGCCUCUCCAGUGGCCAUGAAUAUGAGUUCAGGGUAAGAGCGAAGAACGCUGCUGGCUUCAGUAAGCCAAGUCCACCAUCCGUUCAGUUCAAACUGCGCAGUAAGUUCAAUGUCCCCUCACCACCUGGCACACCACAGGUCAUCAAAGUUGGAAAGAACUACGUUGACCUCAGAUGGGAGGCACCAGUUUCCGAUGGUGGCAGCAGGAUAACAGGAUAUGUCAUUGAGAAACGUGAGAUUGGAUCGGCGAUCUGGCUCAAGUGCAAUGACUACAAUGUCACCGAUCUCGAUUAUACUGUGAUGCAUCUGAUUGAGCGUGGUGAUUAUGAAUUCCGAGUGUUUGCUGUCAAUGCUGCUGGAAGAUCUGAGCCAAGCUCCUGCACAAUACCCGUCAAAGUCUGCGAGGUUGAGGGCGGUGAGAAGCCUGAGUUCGAGAGGCCCCUCCCAGUCAGUCAGGGUGUGCCACUUGGCAAGACGUUUGUGCUGGAAUGCCAGGCGUCUGGGAAACCCAUGCCGACGCCCAGGUGGUUAAGAAAUGGACGCGAAAUCACAAUGGGUGGUCGGUUCAGAGCUGAAACCCAUGAGAACGGGCUUUUCAGACUCAUCAUCUCCGAAGUUUGGGAGGCUGACAGUGGUGAUUAUAGCUGUCAGGCGGCUAACCCACUUGGUAUCGCAACGACAACGAUGAGAUUGAAGAUAGGUACACCACCGAGAAUAGAGCGUAUGCCUCAGGUUCUUCUGCUGGUUGAGAAAGAGAAUGCCAAGAUCAAGAUUCAUUACACUGGAGACCAGCCCAUGGACAUUGUUCUCAAGAAAGAUGGCCACAAGGUAGUAGAGUCUUCACACAUCAAGUAUACAGUUUUCGACGAGUACCUCAUAAUCUUCAUAAAGGACAUUGAGAAAGACGACCAGGGGAUCUACGAGCUCUCCAUCAGCAACGACAGUGGCAGCGUCAGUGGGUCCUUCACAGCGCAAAUCACUGGUACUCCUGGGCCUCCAGUGGGACCACUGGAUGUGUCAGAAAUUGAUAAACACACUUGCACAUUGUCCUGGUUGCCACCGAAAACGGACGGUGGUCUUCGCGUCACCCAUUACGUUGUCGAACGCAAGGAGAUGACACAGGGCCACUGGCUGACAAUCGCCAGUUCUUGCAAGGACACCACUUUCCUGGUACAAGGCUUGACAGAGGGACACGAGUAUCUAUUUAGAAUAAGAGCAGCCAAUGAGAAUGGAAUGGGACCACCACUGGACGGUGUCAAUCCCAUCAAAGCAAAGGCACCGUUCGACCCACCAGGACCGCCAGGCACUCCAAAGGUCCUGGAAAUCGGCGGUGACUUUGUUAAUCUCACCUGGGAGAAACCUGAAACCGAUGGAGGCGCCAAAAUUCAGGGCUACUGGAUCGAAAAACGCGAAGUGGGCAGUAAAUCCCAAGCCUGGAUUCGUGUCAAUCCUGCAAUCUGCCCCGCUACCAUCAUCAAUAUCACCAAUUUGAUCGAGGGAAGGCAGUACGAGUUCCGGGUGUUCGCCCAGAAUAUCGCAGGCCUCAGCAAGGAGUCAACAGCCUCGACAUCAGUGAAGAUAGUCGAUCCUCAGAUAAACAAACCUCCAGAGAUUCUCAAGGGCCUGAAGAACGUCAACUGCAUUCAGAAUCACAAUGCCGAAUUCAAGUGCAUCAUCACAGGAAAUCCAACCAUCACAUGGUACAAGGGAGCCCGGGAGCUUCAGAACAGCUCCAAAUACCAGAUCUUCACCGAGGAAGAUUGUCACACACUUGUUGUUCGUGAUGUAUAUGGCGAGGACGCCGAUGAGUACACGUGUCGUGCAGUUAAUCGAGGUGGUCACAAGUCAACGAAGGCAGAGCUCUUGAUCAUGACACCACCGAAGCUCAAUGUACCACCGCGCUUCCGUGACACAGCAUUCUUCGACAAGGGUGUCAACGUCAUUAUCAAAAUCCCCUUCACAGGCUAUCCGAAACCCAAGAUCACAUGGGUGAGGGAAGGUGAGAAUAUUGAGUCGGGUGGCCAUUACUGCGUGGAGACAACUGAGCGACACGCUCUGUUGACGAUCAGGGAUGGACACAGAAACGAUUCGGGACCGUAUCGCAUCACAGCUGCCAAUGAACUCGGCCAAGACACAGCGAUAAUUAAGAUUCAGAUCAGCGAUCGUCCAGAUCCACCGAGAUUCCCACAGGUGGAUAACAUUGGCCACGACUCACUCGCACUGAGCUGGAGGCCACCCAUGUGGGACGGUGGCAGCAACAUUACAAAUUAUGUCGUUGAGAAACGUGAACACCCGAUGACAACCUGGAUUCGCGUUGGCAACACGAGAUUCUGCACUAUUGCUGUGCAUGAUCUGUCACCAGGACACCAGUAUGACUUCCGUGUGUCUGCUGAGAACGUCUACGGACGGUCAGAUCCCAGCGAGGAAACCCCACUGAUCACGACCAAGGGAACUAAAAAGAAGCCUGCCCAGAAGUACGAGGUCAAGUAUGACUCCAAAGGAAAGAAGAUUCGAGGAAGGGACGACGAGAAGGUUAAGGACUAUGAUCAAUAUGUCUUCGACAUCUUCAGCAAAUACGUGCCACAGCCGGUGGAGAUAAAGACAACGUCGGUGUACGAUAAAUAUGACAUUCUCGAGGAAAUUGGCACUGGUGCAUUUGGCGUUGUGCACCGAUGCAGAGAGCGUGCAACUGGAAAUAUAUUCGCUGCUAAAUUCAUCCCAGUGUCUCACGUGAUGGAGAAAGAGCUCAUCAGGAAGGAGAUCGACAUAAUGAAUCAGCUACACCAUCCUAAACUGAUAAAUCUACACGACGCCUUCGAGGACGACGACGAAAUGAUUCUGAUCUACGAAUUCCUCUCUGGUGGAGAACUCUUCGAGAGGAUCACAGCCGAGGGCUACUCAAUGUCAGAAUCAGAGGUGAUCAACUAUAUGAGACAGAUCUGCGACGCCAUCAAGCACAUGCACGAGAAGAACAUUAUUCAUCUGGACAUCAAGCCCGAAAAUAUAAUGUGCCAGACGAGAAACAGCACUAACAUCAAGUUAAUCGACUUUGGUUUGGCCACAAAAUUAGAUCCCAACGAGGUUGUUAAGAUAAGCACAGGAACAGCUGAGUUUGCAGCACCUGAAAUUGUCGAGCGUGAGCCUGUCGGUUUCUACACUGACAUGUGGGCCUGUGGUGUUCUAGCCUACGUACUGCUAAGUGGUCUCUCACCAUUCGCUGGUGACAACGACAUCGAGACACUGAAGAACGUCAAGGCUUGUGAUUGGGACUUCGAUGAGGAGGCCUUCCGCCACGUAUCCGAUGAAGGCAAGGACUUCAUCAGGAGACUCCUUGUCAAGAACAAGGAGAAACGAAUGACAGCACACGAGUGUCUGGUUCACGCCUGGUUGACUGGCGAUCACAGUGACAGAAAUAACAGAAUAUCUAGCAGCCGCUACGUCAGCUUCAGAGACAGACUGAGAGCUAAAUACGAAGACUGGGAAAAAUAUGUUCUGCCAAUUGGCAGAUUGUCGGAGUAUUCAUCUCUUCGGAAAUUGCUCAUCGAGAAGUACAAAAUUUACGACUCAACGUUUGAUCGCAGACAAGCUGCACCGAGAUUUGUUAUCAAACCUCAGAGUGCAUUCACUUAUGAGGGACAAAGUGUCAAGUUCACGUGUCGUGUGAUCGCCAUUGCUUCACCGACACUCUCUUGGUACCACAAUAAUCAGGAGUUGAGACAGUCCGUCAAGUUCAUGAAGAGAUACAUCGGCGACGACUACACGUUCAUCAUUAACAGAACUAAAUUGGAGGACAGAGGGGAGUACGUUAUUAGGGCUGAGAAUCAUUACGGCUACAGGGAGGAGGUUGUCUUCCUGAAUGUUCAACCAUUGCCUAGGGAAAUGCCACCUUACAAACCGGAUAUUGCGCCUCCACGUCACAGAGAGCCACUGCCCCAGUACUUCUGGCUCGAACAAACAGAGUCAGCUCCUUGCUUCACUUUUGCUCUUCGACCACGUGUCAUGCAGAUCAGGCAGACCUGCAAGCUCCUCUGCUGCUUGAGUGGUAAACCAACGCCCACUGUCAGGUGGUUCAAGGAUAGUAGGGAAUUGUCUAAACACGAAUAUGCUAUGUCCACUUCUGAUGGAGUUGUCACGAUGGAAAUUGUUGACUGCAAACCAUCGGAUAGUGGAAAGUACCGAUGCAUCGCGACUAAUGUUCAUGGAUCUGAUGAAACUAGCUGUGUUGUCAUUGUUGAAGGAACUGGCGAGACUGAAGAACAAAUCCAAUUAGCCCACGAUUUCUUACAUUCUGGAGAUCGCAAAUUCAUCGAAAUGCCCAUCAAGCCAGCGCCUCCACCAAUAAUAAUAAAGCAAGAAUACAAAUCCCUAACAAGCACAAAACACAAUUCAUCACUGUCAUCAAGUAGAAUAACGCAGGACUACUCGUCCGACAAGAAGAGCGUGAAGAAGUACGGAGCGAGACUUGACUCGACAGGCAGUCCCUCGAGAUCGAGAAAUGCGACGAGGGAGUUGGUUCAUCCAUCAGACGACUCAAUGAGGCCUCCAGAAUUCACGCAAAAGCUGAAGGAUCUCACCAUCAACGACGGUGAGCAGUUGGAGUUAUCGGUGAAGGUUGAUGGGGAUCCAGAGCCCCAGAUCAAUUGGACAAAGGCUGGAAAGGCCCUGACAUCGUCCGAGGUCAUUGAUCUCAAGUACAAGAAUGGCACGGCAACCCUGAUCAUCAAUGAAGUAUUCCCUGAGGACGAGGGUGAGUACAAGUGCACAGCCACUAACAGCGUUGGCACAGCCAGUACAUCGUGCAGAUUGAGUGUCAAACCAAUGGCCAAUGCUGGUGGAAAGAAAUCGGGUGGUGAUAAACCACCGAAAAUUGUCGAUCAUCUGGCAUCGGCAUUUGUCAAGGACGGUGAAUCCGUUGUUCUCAGUUGUCGAAUUAUUGGAGCUAAGAAGUUCGAUGUUGUGUGGCUGCACAACAACAAGGAGAUCAAACCCAGCAAAGACUUCCAGUACACAAAUGAGGCGAACAUUUACAAACUCACUAUUGCGGAAAUAUUCCCAGAGGAUUCUGGCACUUACACUUGUGAGGCAUUCAAUGACGCUGGGGAAAGUUUCUCGUCGUGUACCCUUAAUGUCCUUCUUCCUAAUGAGGAACCAAAGAGCCCAGUGUUCGCGACAUUCCCAGAGUCAGCAACAAUAAACCAAGGGGAGGCUGUACGUUUCACAUGCAGAACCGAAACUGCGCCAUUGAAAGUAACAUGGUUGAAGGACAAUAAGCCAAUAGACGAAUCAAGCAGUAGAUAUACAUUCAGUUCAGAUGGUGACAAAUCCUUCGAAAUAAGCAUCAAAUCCUGCACAGCCAGUGAUAUCGGCCAAUACACAGCACGAGCAAUUGGCAAGAAGGGCGAGACAUCAGCGGCAUUUGCUCUCAACGUUAUCGGUCUCAACGACCAGUGAAAAUAACUCUGGAACACAACUCUCUCUUUUUCACAUACAUUAACCAUUGAUUUUUCACAAAUAAAUUGGAAUUCAGAAAACAAUACAAAAAAAAAAUGUUGACGCCAAUGCGACGUAUAUUUUCAUUAGAUAGAAAUCAAAACUCAUGUAUAAAAUGUUAAGUGAAUCAUCUUAUUUAUUAUUAUUGUUACAAUGCAUUGUUUUAAUUUUUUUUCUCUUCUUUUCCGUGUGUUUUGUCAUAUCGCCUUCAAUCGGAUAGCUCCAGCCAUCCAGUUACAUUUAUGUCUCUCUGUCUCUCUCUCUCUGUCUAUCUUAUAUUUUUUUUUCUUUUGCAACGCUAAUUCGAGCUUACAAAAACUCCAUGCCACGUGACGCGAAUUUUAUUAUAACUUACAACAUUAUGGUGAGAACACGACAUGAAGAAAAAGGAAUUACGUGCUGUCAGGUCGAGUGUCGGAUGGACCAUUGGAAUGUGGUACUCGUGCGGUUGGCCAGCAUCCUCACGAGAAAAUUUAUAAAGGUAUAAUCCUACGAGUAUCACUUUACAAUCCAUCACAUCUGUCUGUCUAUCUCUCUCUCUCUCUCCAAUUUUUUAGCCACGACCCAUCCUGCAAAUGCACUGGUAGCACGUCAGUUCGUUUUUUAUUCCAAUGUAGCCAUUGAAACAAUAUGUCGUGGUAGAUUUGUUUGAAGACUGCUUCCGUUACAACAUGUACGAUGAAUAAAAAUUUCAUGAAUCAAAAUGA